AUGGCUCCGAGGGACACCUUCUUCCGCUCGUCUGAUAUGAGCUUAACGCAGCUCUAUAUCGCCAAUGAAAUCGGACGAGAGGUUGUUAGUGCUUUAGGAGAACUUGGUCAGGUUCAAUUUCGGGAUCUUAACCCCGAUACCAAUGCUUUCCAGCGGACUUUCACCAAGGAGAUUCGUCGGUUGGAUAAUGUGGAGAGACAACUGCGCUAUUUCCAUGCGCAGAUGGACAAGGCCGGGAUCCCGAUGAGAUCUUCCACCGAGUUCUCCGACACGUUGGCGGCUCCCCUGGCUUCGGAAAUUGAUGAACUCGCCGAGCGGAGUGAGAGCCUUGAGCAGCGAAUCGCCUCCCUGAACGAUAGCUACGAGACACUGAAGAAGCGCGAAGUUGAGCUUACGGAGUGGCGGUGGGUUCUCAGAGAGGCCGGCGGCUUCUUUGAUCGUGCUCAUACGCACACGGAUGAGAUCCGCCAGUCGUUCGAUAACGAUGAGGCUCCGCUGCUGCGGGAUGUUGAACACCAACCUAGCCGUGGGCCGAAUGGCGAUGCUCAGGCUCAGCAGUCGUUCCUUGAGAUGAACAUUGGGUUUGUUGCGGGUGUUAUUCCCCGCGAUCGUAUUGGUGCCUUUGAACGGAUCCUUUGGCGAACUCUGCGUGGUAACUUGUACAUGAACCAGUCGGAGAUUCCCGAGCCGAUCAUUGACCCGACUACCAAUGAGGAAUCACACAAGAAUGUCUUUGUGAUCUUCGCUCAUGGAAAGCACAUCAUUUCGAAGAUCAGGAAAAUUUCCGAAUCUCUUGGUGCCUCGUUGUAUGGUGUUGAUGAGAACAGCGAGUUGAGAAGGGACCAGAUUCAUGAAGUGAACACCCGGCUGAGUGAUGUGGGCAACGUUUUGCGCAACACCAAGAACACCCUGGAUGCCGAGCUUACCCAGAUUGCCCGCUCCCUUGCGGCUUGGAUGAUCAUUGUCAAGAAGGAGAAGGCCGUGUACGAUACGCUCAACAAGUUCUCCUAUGACCAAGCGCGAAAGACAUUGAUUGCCGAGGCAUGGUGCCCGACCAACUCGCUGGCGUUGAUCAAGUCGACUCUGCAGGACGUCAAUGACCGCGCUGGUCUGAGCGUGCCUACCAUUGUCAAUCAGAUUCGGACGAACAAGACCCCGCCUACCUAUGUCAAGACGAACAAGUUUACCGAGGGAUUCCAAACCAUUGUCGAUGCUUACGGUAUCUCUAAGUACUCGGAAGCAAACCCUGGAUUGUACACUGUCGUCACAUUCCCUUUCUUAUUUGCUGUUAUGUUCGGUGAUUUCGGUCACGGGGCUUUGAUGGCAAUGGCCGCUUCUGCUAUGAUCUUCUGGGAACGGAAGUUGCAGAAGACGAAGCUCGACGAGUUGAGCUACAUGGCAUUCUAUGGUCGUUACAUUAUGUUGAUGAUGGGUCUUUUCUCUAUGUACACCGGCCUGAUCUACAACGAUGUCUUUUCCAGGUCUUUCACUGUCUUCCCUAGUCAGUGGAAAUGGCCUGAUAACAUAAAGAAGGGACAGACAGUUGAGGCUUCGUUGACGGAUAGCUACCGUUACCCGUUCGGUCUGGAUUGGAAUUGGCACGAGGCUGAGAACUCUCUUCUUUUUACCAACAGUAUGAAGAUGAAGAUGAGUAUUAUUCUGGGUUGGGCACAUAUGACAUAUGCGCUCUGCUUGCAGUAUGUCAACGCGCGGCAUUUCAAGUCCAAGGUCGACAUUAUUGGAAAUUUCAUUCCAGGCAUGAUAUUCUUCCAGUCAAUCUUUGGUUACCUUGUUCUUACCAUCGUCUACAAAUGGUCUGUCAACUGGGAAGCCCGGGGCCAGUCUCCUCCAGGUCUUCUGAACAUGCUCAUUUUCAUGUUUCUCUCCCCUGGAACUGUGGAAGAGCAGCUGUACAAGGGCCAAGCCGGCGUUCAAGUUGUGCUGCUGUUGCUCGCUGUAGUUCAAGUCCCCAUCAUGCUCUUCUUCAAGCCAUUCUACCUUCGCUGGGAACACAACCGUGCUCGUGCUCUGGGAUACCGAGGCCUUGGAGAGCAGGCCCGUGUGAGUGCGCUCGAGGAUGACACCGAUAUGAACGGCGGAGCCUCAGGGCCUCGUGAUAGCAUGGUCAGCGACGGUGAAGGCGUGGCAAUGAUUGCCCAAGAUCUCGGCGACGAAGAGCAUGAGGAAUUUGACUUUUCUGAAAUCAUGAUCCAUCAGGUCAUCCACACCAUCGAGUUCUGCCUCAACUGUAUCUCCCACACCGCCUCCUACCUCCGUCUGUGGGCUCUCUCUCUCGCCCACCAGCAGCUUUCGAUCGUCUUGUGGAACAUGACCAUCGGCGGUGCCUUUGAGCAGGAGUCACCUACCAUCCGCGUUAUCAUGAUCGUCGUCACCUUCUACAUGUGGUUCACUCUGACAAUUGUCAUUCUGUGUGUCAUGGAGGGUACAAGUGCAAUGCUUCACUCCCUUCGUCUACACUGGGUCGAGGCCAUGAGCAAGCAUUUCAUGGGUGACGGUAUACCCUUCGCUCCUUUCAGCUUCAAGACUCUUCUUGAAGAGGAUCCGGUGGACUAA